AUGGCAACAAGCGCAGACUAUCAUCAGUACAAUGGUACCGAAGAAGAAAAGCGGAGUUUAAUAAUGGAGGUUUAUUAUCCGUUUAUUGUAGAAACUGUACGAAGCACUGAUAUUCUCGUUCAUCUUGUAGUACUUGAAGAUCAUUUUAGUGAACUACGAAUGUUAGAUAAGGAAGGGAAACAUGCUCAGUCAAUGAUGAUGUUAUUAAGGUAUCUGGAAGCAAGAGGGGAUCCCAGAAAGUGGAGUCUUUUUAUAGAUGCAUUAAACAGUGCAGGUUAUCAAGAUUUAUAUAGAGGUUUGGAAUUCGGAGAGGAUAUUCCAAUGUUGGAGAAUAAGACAAAUUAUAAGAGAAUUUUGAAAUUUUUGCCUACGUUGAUCGAACGAGUACGACUUGAUAAUUCUGGAAUCUUGCCCGUUUUAUAUCAACAUGAAAUUAUAAGUGAACAUCAGCUUGAGAGCACCAGGGCCUGUAGUCGAUAUAAUUCUAACCAAGACGCCAUUUUGGAAUUAAUCGUACAUCUACACACGAAAACCAGAAAAUGGUACACGGUGUUUUUAGAAGCAUUGUUACAAGAUGGACACAACGUUCUAGUUGAGGACAUCGACCCCGAAUUUAUGUUAGCUAAGAAAAGGAAAAAGAAAAUGACCUUUAAUUUCAAUUCACUGGACUAUGAAGAUGAAGAAGAUCGAUUAUCAGGUUCCAACAAGAGCGCGUCAGAUUCGCCGCCUUUUCAGACAAAUAUUCGAGACUAUGAAGUCGUGUUUCCUAACUUUCCAAAAUGUCCUCGUGUGCACGCAAAAGACGAUAUUGUUAAAUUAAUGAAGGUGUUGACAUUGUCAGUUGGGGAUAUUAGUCCGACUGUCAUCCCAGACAUGGUAGCUAAGAAGGAGUUAGAAAUAUUAACAGAGAGUCUAGAAUCUUGGAAAACUGAUAAAUUUAAACCUUGGCGCAAGAGCAUGGAAAAAUACAUCAAACGAAAUACUGACCUGAUUCGAAACAGAGAUGAUCUGUUUUAUCUGGUGGAUAAGUGGUUGAUGCACCUUCAUCAAUGUGUGGCGGACGAGUGUGGUGAAGUAGACAUGUAUAACACUCAGAUAGAGGCCGUCUCUCAGAUAGUACAACAGAAACAUUUCUGUGAAAUUGGUAAAUGGUCUAAUGAGCUACUGACGGCAUUCAAUGAACUGAAGGACUCGCAAUAUGUUUCAGACAGUGUUCUGUUACAACAUGUAAACUAUAUGAUACAACAAAUAAGAAAGGGCCAGAUUGACAAUAUCGAGGAUUUUGACAAUAUAAAUGACUCUGGCGAUCUGAAAGUUUGUGGAAUUAAUUGUGGAAAGGUGGUUAAACGUAUUGGACGGAUGUGGAAAGAUUUGAAAUAA